UAUAAUGUCCUAUUAUAAUCUUUGCGGUGCAAUAUGAGUGAGCUGAUUUAACAUGUUCAGGGCCCAAAUUCAGAUGGAAAAAACUGAUGUACCCCACCGUUUCCACAUUGCUGAUUUGUAAAUACAAACAAAGAGUGGCAAUAAAAAUAUGAAUGAUUGAUUUUACUGAUUUAUAGUUGCCACUGUUGAUAAUAAAUGCAGGGAGCCUUCUCACUCCAAUCAAGAUGAUUAGAAAUUCCUCCGCACACUUUUUUCCACUUUAAACGCCCCCUCCCACCCCCCACCCACCGCAGCCCGCCAUCAGGACUUUUUACGGCCGGUGCAGGUGGAAUCAUCCGCUCGUCUACAGGGACUAGUUUACCCCCACCACCCCGGAAAUGUUGCAGCCCCCUCGGUCGCGCCAUGUGCCCGUCGAGGGGAGAGCGAGCAGCCGGGAGAGAACCAGAGUGAGGGAGGGAGGGAGCGAGCGAGUGAGCGAGAGAGAGGCGGAGGAGGAGGAGGGCGAUGAGUCAAUACAACUAAUAAUUUAAUGGGGACACGCAGGGAGAGCCGGAGCGAGAGAGGGGGGGAGACCGAGAGGCGGAUAGCCGAGGCACAAGAGCUCCGAGCCCGAGUAGCGAGACACCUUUCUCCACCUCCAGGCGUCAGCGGCGGCGGUAGUAGCAGCGCGGCAAGCCCCGCGUCUGAGCACCCGGCUGGGGAGCGUCGUUUCUCCGCGACGCCGGGAAAGUGAACGGCACUUUUUGACCUCCCCUCGUCUUUUUUCUCUCCUUGUUUUGAAUGUGGCGAACCUGCUCCGAAUCACGUUCCGGCUCCGCGCUACCAACAGCUGAGGGGACAUUUGCUAGUUCUUGGUUUCUCGCUAGCUACUUCCCAAGCACCCGGGUUUGACGCGCACUGUCGCCGGCAACUGUGGCGGUUGUGGUGGUGGUGGUGGUGGUGGAUACCAUGGUCCGAUCCGUACGCUGCUCGCUUCCCGGCGGCGGCUAGCGGGCAGGCUGCCAGCCAGCCUCUCCCCCAGCCUCCCACGGCCAUGUUUGUAUUUUUGGGUGAAGUAGUGGCUAACCUCUCACUUUGCACCCGCUUGUUGUUGAUUUUCUUCGGGUUGUUUUUUAGCGUCCAUGUCGCCCGACGGUAUAAGCUAACGUAGCGCAGACACUCACCCAGCCCCAACAUCGGUCGAUGGUCCCGCCUCUUGCCCGCGGAGCCUCCCAGAAGCCGGCUUGACUUCCGCGCCCGCCCCCCCUUCCCUCCACUGUCACUCACCUGCCAACAGGAAGUUUUGCUCUAUUUAUUAUUUGUAUUGUUUUCAACAACUUAUCAGUCUACCCUGGCCAAACUUGAAGAAAAGAGGAAUCCAAGUGGUGGCAAGCUGCUACUUUCCAGGUGACCGCAGCGAGUCGAAGGUUGCUGAGAUGAUGAUGGACCAUCUCAGCGAGACGUGUUUGGGCAAGGAGAACGCCGAGCUGGUCAACAGCAUGGCCGAGGCCAAGCCCCCACCGGCCAAGCUGCCCCGCAUGGAGCAGAACGGCAGCCCCCUGGGAAGGGCCAGGCUGGGCAGCACUGGUACCAAACUGGCCGGGCUGCCCUUCAAGCCUGCCAAUCACCUGCUGAAGACCUGCCACAAGCGCGGCAACAUGCUGCCCGUCUUCUGCGUGGUGGAGCACUACGAGAAUCCUAUGGAUUUUGACAGCAAGGAGGAGCACGCCGAGUUCGUGCUGGUGCGCAAGGACAUGCUCUUCAAUCAGCUCAUCGAGAUGGCGCUGCUCUCGCUCGGGUACUCGCACAGCUCUGCCGCCCAGGCCAAAGGUAUGAUUCAGGUGGGAAAGUGGAACCCCAUUCCCCUGUCAUACGUGACUGAUGCGCCCGACGCCACGGUGGCCGACAUGCUGCAGGAUGUCUACCACGUGGUCACGCUCAAGAUCCAGCUGCACAGUUGUCCUAAGCUGGAGGACCUGCCACCAGAGCAAUGGAGCCACUCUACAGUAAGAAACGCCCUCAAGGAGUUACUCAAAGACAUGAAUCAGAGCUCUCUGGCUAAAGAAUGCCCCUUAUCACAGAGUAUGAUUUCCUCCAUUGUCAACAGCACUUACUAUGCAAAUGUGUCGGCGGCAAAGUGUCAAGAAUUUGGGCGCUGGUAUAAACAUUUCAAGAAGACAAAGGAUAUGAUGGUCAUCCGCCAAUCAUCCCAGCUGGAAGGCUACCUGGGUACGUGCAUCCUUCGGGAGAGCCCCCGUGCUAAUGCACUAGCCGAGAUGGAUGGCCUGUCCGACCUGUCACCGCCUGGCUCCAACCACAACCACCUGGGCUUCUCCCAGCAGCAGCAGCCCAUCCCGGGCAGCACGGCCGAGCAGACGCCCUCGUCCCCGGUGCCCCCGCUGUCCCACGCCCCGCCGCCACCCCCGCAGCACGGAGGGGGCCAGGCAGGGGGCCGGCAAAUGCCCCCUGGCCUGCACCACCCGGGCCUGGUGUCCACGCCCAUCAGCCCCCAGCUGGUCAACCAGCAGCUGGUGAUGGCGCAGAUCCUCAACCAGCAGUACGCCGUCAACCGUCUGUUGGCGCAGCAGUCGCUGUCGCAACAGUACCUUAAUCACCCACCCGUGAACCGCAACUCGCACGCCAAGCCCUUGGAGCCCCAGGUCGGAUCCAACACCGAGGUGUCCUCUGAGAUCUACCAGUGGGUCCGCGAUGAGCUCAAGCGGGCCGGCAUAUCGCAGGCCGUCUUUGCCCGAGUGGCCUUCAACAGAACUCAGGGCUUAUUGUCUGAGAUCCUGCGCAAAGAAGAGGACCCCAAAACAGCCUCGCAGUCGUUGCUUGUCAACCUGCGCGCCAUGCAGAACUUCCUGCAGCUGCCCGAAGCUGAGCGUGACCGCAUCUACCAGGAGGAGAGGGAGCGCAGCCUGACCGCCGCGUCCGCCAUGGGCGCUGCUCCGCUCAUCAGCACACCGCCCAGCCGGCCUGUUCAGCCUCGGAGAGAAGACUGUAACAGCGUGCGGCCUGAAGACUGGAACCCCCGCAUUCCUGUGGGCCUUUCUCCUGUGAAGCCAUCCCCUCUGCCCAGCGAGUGGAACGGCAAAACGGAGAGCUGCAUUCUCAACAUCAACUCCAACAUCUACGACGAGAUCCAGGGAGAGAUGAAGAGGGCCAAAGUCUCCCAGGCGCUCUUUGCCAAAGUGGCCGCCUCCAAAAGCCAGGGUUGGCUGUGCGAGCUUCUGCGCUGGAAGGAAGAUCCAUCUCCAGAGAACCGGACGCUGUGGGAGAACUUGUCUAUGAUCCGCCGCUUCCUCAGCCUCUCUCAGGCCGAGCGCGACGUCAUCUAUGAGCAGGAGAGCAGCGCCGGACAGCAACAUCACAACAACGCCGCCGACAGGCCGCCGCAUUUCUCGCACGUCUCGGCAGACCAGCUGCAGCACCAGCCGGCCCUGUCCCAACAACACCCGUCCCAGCAGCCCCCCUCGGGCCCUCGCCUGCCCCCGCGCCAGCCUUCCACCGCCUCCCCGGCUGAGAUGGAGGACGACGUGGUGCGCAGCCUGGUCAAGUCGCGCUCGGGCAGUGGCGGCGGCGGCAAGAUCUCCCUGGAGGCCUUGGGCAUCCUGCAGAGCUUCAUCCAGGACGUGGGCCCGUACCCGGACGAGGAGGCCGUCCACACGCUGUCCGCCCAGCUGGACCUCCCCAAACUCACCGUCAUCAAGUUCUUCCAGAACCAGCGCUUCUACGUCAGCCACUCGGCCAAAGGGCCCAAGGAGACGCCCCCCGCCAACGGCGGCAACGGCGGCGCCAGGAGCGGCAGCAGUUGCAGCAGCGGCGGCGGCAGCCCCGCCGCCGCCUUGGACGAGGAGCCCUCGGAGACCGGUGAGGGCGGCGACGCCCACAAGGAGACGGAAGAGAGCACGCAGACCAACGCCAACGCCUUCGUGGUCAAGACUGAGGAACAGGUGGGGCGAGGCGGUGGAGGCCCCGUCGUGGAGCAAGCGAAUGACUAAAAGGAACAAAAGACUGGCCUGGACUUUCAAUUUUUGGAUUUUGUAAAAGUAUUGUAUCAUUAUGAUGAUGAUGAUGAUGAUGAGUCUGAUUCACUGUAAAGACUUUUCUGGCAUUGUUUCGUAACCUGCACAAACACACAAAACAAGUGGAAAAUCGGUAGCACUGUUAGCCUAGGACCGUAAUUGCCUAAGUCGUUUUUGAAAGUUUUCAGAAAAUAAGAGGGGGGGUGGUGGGGGUGAAAUCAGAUUUACAAAUUAUCACAACCCGGAUGACCGACAAUCUACACAGACAAAAUUUUAAAAAAGUAAAUGUAAACCUUUUUUACCAGUUAAAAAUGACUUGGGCAACUAUGCCAUUAGGUCAAAGUUUUGCUCACUGCACUCACACUUUCAGGACGUGUCCACACGUAGUUUUAAAAGGUAUCAGUUUACAUCUAAAUGUUACAUUUAUUCUUGAGUAAUAUGCAAAAUAUUAACCUUUCUAAAAAAAAAAAAAAUAAAUCGCAUUAAUCUGUUUUUCUCGAGGUGGUGUUAUUGUAAGAUAGUUGACUCCAUUAUGGCUAUUGACAGAAUACAAUUUGGUUUUUGCUCAAGAUACUUUUUCUCACAAAUUGACUUUCUCAUAUGAUUACGACACUUUCUCCAAAAAAUCUCUAUUCUUUUCGGAUUAAAGUACAUUUUCUAAAAAUUGAAAAUACAAUAAAAAAAAAACAAAAAAAACCCAAACAUUUUUUAAAGGCCUUUUUGGGGACACCAAAUCAAAUAUUUUGGGGAAAAAAAGUAUUUUAAAAGUAUUCAUGUAUUGGCCACAGCAUUGUCUCAAAAACUUUUCUCUCCCCCAAAAAUCACAAUCACUUUUAUCAGACUUUUUUUUUUUAAAUGUAACUUUUUUGUUUGUUCUUGAAAUUAAAUCUGAUUAGUCUAAUAUGAGUUACUUUUCCUUUAUUAUUAUUUGUUUUCAAAACUAAAACACCCAUCUUUUUUAUAAUGAUAAUAAGAAUUAUGUUUUUGGGUGGUUCACAAAAGCUGAAGACAGACUUUUGGAAAACAUUCACCCUGGCCAUUUCUUUAAAGCUGUUUUUUUCCCCCGAAUGCAUUUUAAAAAUAAUUUUGAGGACAAAGAAGAAAGGGGAAAAAAAAAAAAGUCCAAUCAAAUGUGAACAUGAGCGUAUACGUAUGGACACGUCCUCGCGCUCACUUUUCUUUCCUUGUGUCUUGAAACGUCAGAUUCUGUUGGGCAAGAACAAUUGACGCCGGUUAGAGUCAUUUCUUAUUACAAGGACGACUUUUGUGGUUUUAUGUGCGUGCUGUUUUUUUUUUUUUUUUUUUUUAAUAAACAAAAAUCAAGGACCAAGUUGUUUGACAAGGCCUUAAAAAAACACCAGGUGUCAUAUAUUAUUAAUCUUAAUAUGACGAUCAACAGGCCGCCACUCCUGUGUGUUUUUUUUUUUUUUGAGGAUGGAACAGAAUCUAAGGAAAAUUUUCUCUCUACUGUCUGUGCAUAAAUAAAUAGAUGUGAAAUAUAUGAUCAACCUAUGCCAACAAUGCCUUGUACCACAUGGUUCCUUUUGCCAAUGGAACACACAAUGAGAAAUGUGAAUGACGCCAUCGUUCUUAUUUAUUUGCAGUGUUGAUGAUGUAAGAGAUUUUUUUUUCUUUUUUUUUGCAUUUCUCCCCCCCUCGUCUUUUUUCUAUUUAUACACAAACGGACGGACAACAACAAAAAGUGUCUUAAACGUUUUCCAUAGGAGAAAUGUGCUUUAAAGGUGGCCUAUAAUCACAGAAAAGAAAAAAAAAAAGGGCAGGGCGAGCGGCACUGAUUUCAUGUUGUAUGCAAUUUUUACAAGGAUCAUGCAAAUAAGCUUAAGCGCGUAGAGAGGGAAAAAAAAACUUUAUGCAAUCUGUGUGGAAAUCAUUUGUGUCUUCCUUUUUUAUUUUAUUUAUUUUUUUGCUUUUCACGAGCUCAAUGUGGACAGUUUUUCUUUGAUUCCGACUGACUGUUUUCGAAGCGGUUCCUCCUCCGUGCAGACGCGCUUCUUGCUCUUCUCGAUGGCCAAUGGACUUUUUGAUGUUUUGUCAAAGUGUACAUAGCGCACACGUAUACACGCACCGAUGUAAAUAGAGUGCAAAUGUGCAGAGCGGAGAAAAGUCUGUGGUGCCUCUCUUUCAAUCAGCUUCUUCUGCAUCUUCUCGUGCCGCGUGUGUGUCGAGCACCUGGGAAGCACCGGCUGGACGGUCCCAGCUGCUUAGUUGCCGCUGCCGUGCGGGCGUACCAGUCAGGGUCGGUCUGUACCGGCUUUCUAUUGAUGUUCUGCUGUUUGUUUGUUUUUUUUGUUUUGUUUUUUUUUCAUUAAUAAACAAAAAGCCAGAGUAAAAGAU